AUGGGAUCUGGGAGUUCUGUAAAUGCCAACUACAAGGACUCCCUGCAGAAGUCUGAAAAUGCUUUCAAGGCAGCUGUAUUGAUCCAGUGCUGGUACCGCCGCUACGUCGCUCGGCUGGAAAUGCGCCGGCGCUGCACCUGGAGGAUCUUCCAGUCCAUCGAGUAUGCCUGUGAGCAGGACCAGAUCAAGCUUCACAACUUCUUCAGUUACCUCAUGGACCACUUCACGCCGAGCAGCAAUAAAGAGAGGGAUUUUAUCAGUCGAAUGUUUGUAACUGGGGAAAGCUUCAAAGAGGCAGAGCUGGAAAAAUACUGUGACUAUGAAUCCAUCAAGGUGCCAGAUUCCUACACUGGGCCCCAUCUCUCUUUCCCACUCCUUCCUGACCAUGCCACUGCCUUGCUGGAAGCUUUCAAACAGAAAAAACAGCUCCACGCUCGCUAUGUCUUAAACCUCCUGAAUGAGACCAGGAAGCACCUCAAGCAGCUGCCAAACAUCACCCAUGUCUCCACCUGCUAUAGUGAGGAGGUCACUGUGUGUGGGGACUUGCACGGCCAGCUGGAUGACUUGUUCCUCAUAUUUUAUAAGAAUGGCCUUCCCUCCCCUUCCAAAUCUUACGUGUUCAACGGGGACUUUGUUGACAGAGGCAAACAGUCCCUGGAGAUCCUCAUCAUCCUCUUUGCCUUCCUCUUGAUCUAUCCAAAGGAGGUUCACCUCAACCGUGGGAACCACGAGGACCAGAUGGUCAACUUACGGUAGGGUUCUGCAGGGCUGAUGGCUGUGGCAAGGGUGUUGCUGCACACCCCCACUCAAUCUUUCUCCUCUUCCUUUAGCUAUGGUUUCACCAAGGAAGUAAUGCAGAAAUACAAGGUGCACGGGAAGAAAAUCUUGAAGAUGAUUCAUAAUGUCUUCUGCUGGCUGCCUCUGGCCACCCUGAUUGAUCAGAAAGUCCUCAUUAUACAUGGGGGCAUCUCUGACACCACUGACCUGGACAUGCUUGAGAAGAUUAAAAGGAACAAAUUUAUGUCUGUAUUAAGAGGAAAGGAAAGAAAGGAAUCGAGUAGAAAUGUUGAAGUACAGGAAAUAAUUGAGAAGAGCAAAGCAGAGGCUGAUCCUCCAGCAGCAAACAAGGCAGAGCCCAGCCUACCUGUGCAGCCCCAGCCAGCUGAGGCUCCCAGCAUGGCCAAGAAGCUGGAGCUGUCCAGGUGGGUCCGUCAGACGGUGCAGGAGCAGAUGGAACGGUGCCGGCGGGUGGUGGACAUCAGUGAGUCUGAGGAGGAUGAGCCCACCUGUGCCAGCAUGGUGUCCCUGGCAGAUGGGGACAGGCCACGUUGGACUCACCAGGAGGAGGGGAAGCAGAUUUUAGACAUUCUCUGGAGUGACCCCAUGCCUCAGGAGGGCUGCAGAGUGAAUACUGUACGAGGUGGUGGCUGCUACUUUGGGCCUGAUGUGACAGGGAAGAUCCUUGAGAAGUACAACCUGCAGUUCCUCAUCCGCUCCCACGAGUGCAAGCAAGAGGGCUACGAGUUCUGUCACAACAGGAAGGUGCUGACCAUAUUUUCAGCCUCAAACUACUAUGAGAUUGGCAGCAACAGGGGAGCCUAUGUGAAGCUGGGACCAGACCUUGUCCCCCAUUUUGUUCAGUACCAAGCAAACAAGACAGCCCACACUCUCACUAUGACCCAAAGAAUCAGCAGAGUGGAGGAGUCAGCCUUCCGAGCCUUGCGGGAAAAGCUCUUUGCUCACACGUCAGCCCUCAUCAGCGCCUUCAAGGCCUGUGAUAAGGACAACACAGGAAGGAUCACACUGAGCAACUGGGCAAUGGCAGUGGAGUCAGUCCUGCACCUGGGGCUGCCCUGGCGGAUGCUGAGGCCGCAGCUGGUGCGCAGCACAGAGGAGGGGAUGCUGGAGUACAAGUCCUGGCUCGAGGACUUGGCCAUGGAGCAGAGGAGCCAAGAGCACAUCCAGUCGAGCUUGCUGGAAGUCAUUUAUCGAAACAGAUCCAACCUGGAGACCAUCUUCAGGAUCAUAGACAGAGAUCAUUCAGGUCUGAUCUCGUUUGAAGAAUUCCACCAAACCUGGAAGUUGUUCAGCUCCCACAUGAACAGUGAGCUGAGGGAGGAUGGCAUCAACGACUUGGUUCGCAGCAUUGAUUUCAAUAAGGAUGGAAACAUUGACUUCAACGAGUUCCUGGAGGCCUUCCGCCUCGUCAAGCAGUCACAGUAG